UGCUGGAUCAGUAUCAGUCUCGCCGCUCUCAUACACACACGCGCUCGCUCCACACAGAUUGGAUUACACUGAGGAUCGAUCUUGCAGUCAGACACACUACUUCAUCAAGAAGACACGCACACUUUCCCAGGAUCAACAUGGGGAGUAGUAUGUCAUGUGUCCCCCAGCACAACUUUAGGUUUUCCAGCAAGAGUUUUAUACGCAGGAACAGCAGCCGUUUGUUCCGGAAAAAGUAUCCGCAGGAAGGGCAGGAGAAGUCUAACAGCAUCAUCAACAUUCUCUGCACCGUCACCCCUAGGAAGGAAAUGUCACCCAAGGAUCUACAAACUAUUGAGAAUAUCAAAUGGGACCCUCCCUUCCACUACGAUCCCAUCAGCGGAUGGAAAAAGAGCAGCAUCAACGUCAAAAACUACGGCAGAAUGAUUCACAGCUCCAAAGUCCGCUUUCGUUUCCUGCACUGCCAGGAUGUGCAUAACUGCUAUCUGGACCUGUUUCAAACACACCUCCAUUUCGUCUCCAACAACACAACUGGACUCACAUACCAGGGGACACUUCCACUUAAAGAGCUCACUAUUUGCAAACUGCAGGACAGAAACAGCUUUGGUGAUCCGCAGGAAUUUGCAUUCCAGAUAAACGGGGUCAGCUUAAAUCCUAUCAUCGUCUACUGCUCAACAGAGGAGGAGAUGAACAACUGGUUCGGCCUUUUGAAAGAACAAAUUGAGGAGAAUGGAGGCAAUGCAAUCGUAGAAGAGAGAUACACUAGAAUCAAGGUGCAGUGUUCGGAGGAGACCACCAUAGGAAAGGAGGAGUUGAGGAACUCCAUCAGUAAGGAGCCCAUCUACGAAUGGGAAGGCUCUCAACGUGAAAGUCUGGGACCUAUCACAUACGUCACUAAAGUAAAACUCCAGCACAUGCCGUGUCAGGAGCAGUAUGACCGGUUGCUGGUGAUGUACCCUAACUAUCUGAUCAUUUUAUCAGAGGAAAGUGAUGGCCUCUUCUACAAGGGAAAACUUCCUCUUAACAUGAUAACAGUAACAACACCCUGCCAAGACAUCAAGCCUAACACGUUUAUGAUUGAAGGGAAACUGAUUAAUCCCAUCGUCGUGUCCUGUCCCGUUAAGAGCGAGUUCAACGACUGGAUCCGGUAUUUAAAAAACGCUGACGUCCCCAUCCUGAGCCCACCUCCCCCCGUCUAUGACAUAAUUUACACUCCAACCCAGAAACAGGCCCCCGAGUUUGACAGGUGGAGCGGCAGCAGCCGAGAAGCCGCCGACCCGCAUCCGCCAAUCCGCUUGCCAGCUCAAGACAAGCGCAGAUCCCGAGAGCUCCAGCUGCCCGCUAGUGAUGACAACUCUGUUUCCCCCGGUUACACCGAGCCUCUUUGUUUUAUAUCAAGCCGGCCCACCUCCACAGACACACAAUACUCUGCUCAUCUGGGCAUCCGGAGCAGCAGCUUCUCCCAUGCCAGACCCACACCAGGCCACCGCCCGGUAUCGUUCCAUAACUCCUCCCCCUCACAGUCAUCAUACCUGUCCACAGAAGGGCCAAUGUCACCGGUUUACAACACGCCCUACAGCAAUGGCCCCGUUCAACGAGUCGAGAAAGCCCCACUAGUGAAGUCAAACAGCUGGAGCACACCGCAGACAUCUGGCAGACACCAGCUCUUAAUUCCCCACCGGCACUCAGACUUGGUCACCAACCGAAAACCUCUCUCGCCCCUUUAUGAUGACCCCAGCACCCCUGGAAUGUAUCCUCUGGAGGAGAAUCCUGCUCAGGCCUCGCAUUCGUCUCGAAGCUCCAUUGAGCAAUCGUACCCCCCUCUCCUUCCUUCCUCAUUCCGACUGCGCACUCCUCCCCUCGGGAGGAAAAACAGACAAAGCCCGGCCCAGGACCCUGAGGUGGCCAGCAGCCAGUGGUCGGAGGAACUUCGUGCCCAGGCUGUUUCAAGGUUAAAGAUAUUGCCUGCACCAAACCGACAGCCAGGACAUAACCACAUCUCUCAGAGAGGUUUCUCAGGACACACAGUCAUGGAGACGCAGCAGAUGUCUUACAGUUACUCACUAGAUGACAACGCUUACCUUCAGCCAGUAGAACCGGAUGACCAGGAAAUGGACUAUGAUAACAUUUGGGAGUUUGAGCAGGAUAAUGGGAUGAUUCAGCCGCUGCCUGGAACUUCACCGCACCGGACACCGGCUUACUACGGAGCUCGAGGCCUGGGUGCUAUGACAACACAGCAGAGAUGGUCAUAAAAGAGUACAAUGGGUUCAUGCCCGUCCGGACUUGCACACAUAGCAGACUAAUCAAAGCCACGCACAAACACAAUGGGCAUGCCUUUACCGGGAUCCAGCAUGCCCAAGUAAAUGGCACAUUCACAGCUUAUUUACACGUGAAUUAUUCUGCACAUACAAUUUCAUUUGUUUUGAGGUGAUGGUUUAAGACUGCUGUACUAGAUUUAAUAUUAAUUCCUGCUGUAUGCAUUCAUUCAGGUGAUAUUUGUGUAAAUCUGAAAAAAAUAGUUGUCCAUUUUUUUCAAAAGGUAGCAUUUGGGAGUUUUUGCAUUUAGUGGAUACGAGUCCUACUAACUUUUUGAUAUUGUAAGUACAGAUUUUCAACCAAAUGUAAAUAUAUUGUUCUUUCUUAUUUAAAUGUAUUUUAAUUAAAUUUAAGUUUAUAUAUUUGCUGCCAUUCUUAUUAUUGUUAAUAUUAUUAUUAUUAUUAUUAUAUUUUAGUGCGAUUUUUUUACAAUAUGUUAAAUCAGAAAAAGACUUCUCUUUUUUCUGUAGUGGUUGAUGCUGUUUCUAAACAGUGUCGAAACACAGCUGUAACUCUCCAUCUGACAUUUGUAAAUAUAAAAGUGUGGUUUAUUUUUCAUUUGGAGUGAUUUUUCUAUUUAAUAAAAUAAGUUCUGAAGACCCGUG